AUGAGUAGUUCAGAAGAUCGUUUUACAGAUAUCGAACUGAAAAAUAAACGUUUGCCAGCAUGUUUUGGUUAUAUUGCUUGGAAAUUAUUAUCUCUUGAAGAUCCUAUGAAAGAAUUACAAGAUUUUCUAAUAGAAAUAAAUCGUUUUGUUAAAUUAGCUAAAAAAUAUUUUACAUAUCCAAAUGAUCAUAAUUUAACAAAAGGUGAAUCUGCUGCAAUCUAUAUUUAUAUAAUGGAAAUGACUGAUGAUUCAAAAGAUCGAACAAAAGUUCGUCCAUGGUUUGGAUAUUUAAAGCUUUUGGAUUCAGCAACAUCAAAACUAUCUAAUUUUAAAGGAACUGUUUUUCGUGAAAUUGAUAAAAAUGUUAAUAGGAGUUUUAAAAAAAGCCGAAAAAUUACCGUAUGGAGUAUAAGUUCAUGUCCAACAUCUAUUGAUGUUAUUUCUUCAUUUAUUAAUAAAUCUAUUUCAGGUACAUUAUUUCAUAUUGAAUGUUUAAAUGGAAAAUCGAUUUCAUCAUAUAUAUCUUAUCCAAAUGAAAAUAAAGUUAUGUUAAUACCUGGAACAACAUUUGAAGUUGCAUCUAAUCCAUUAAAUCAUCAUGGUGGAUUAAAUAUUAUUCGUGUAAAAGAAAUUCGUGAUGAUGACGAAUCACCAAAUCCAUAA